AUGCGACCACCGUCUAGGGGAAGCCCACCAGCUGUCUUCCGGCCCGCCUCAAGGCAUCAAGAACAUUAUGAAGCUGAAUCUGAACUAUCGGACACUGGGUCCACCCCUGUGAUGGAAGAUCCUCCAUUUUACCCCUCUACUCGAGGACAGACUCAGAUGACGCCCAACAGGGUAAGUAUGCGCCCCCGCCUGCUAUCCAACCGCCGUGAACCAACUUACCACAUCCAGCAAGGGUUUAAUAAUCUGACGCUAAGGCAUAUGAGUACCCCCUUCUCUAAGGAGAUCAUGAACGCCCCGAAAGAACCCAAGGUAAAAACUCCUACCAUUGAAGCCUAUGACGGGACCACCGAUCCUGAUAUGCACUUAGUCGCAUACCGCCAUCACAUGUAUGUUCAAGGAACCAACGAAGCUACUUGGUGCAAAUAUUUCCCGGCCACUCUCAAAGGAGUGGCGUCUAAGUGGUUUGAACGACUGCCCCCAGGGUCAAUCGCCUCUUUCAACGAACUACAAACUCUAUUCUCCACAAGGUUCAUGGCACACAAGGAAGAAAGGAAAACAAACAUGCAUUUGGGACGGAUUCAACAAGGGAAAGAUGAAUCACUAAGAAGCUAUGUGAAGCGUUUCAACUUAGAGGCCGGGCAGAUCCCAGACUUGCCCGAUGGCGUCUCUUUUGAUAAUUUUAUCAGAGGAUUGAAGAAGGGAUCCUUUAAGUUUGACCUGGUUAAAAAAAGCGUGAGGACUAUGGCUGAAGUCUUGGACGAGGCCGAAGCAUUUAUCCAUACAACAGAAAUAUGCAGCGAGUCAAAGGAGGGAAGAAUUGGAGAAACAACAAACUCCUCAGGAAAGAAAGAUAAAAUGGACCGAAAAGCCCCACGAGUAAAUGGCACAUGGGCCCUCUCAAAAGAGUAUGAUACCAACUCUCCUGGGCACAAGAGAGAACGUCCACAAGAACGGGAGUACUUUGAAUAUAACACAGACCUCCUCACAAUGCUGAAAGACGUUGGAACCAGGUUUGACCUUGAACGGUCUUUCCCCAUGAAAUCUCCUGCUGAGAGUCGAGAUCCCAAGUUAUACUGUCAGUUCCAUGAAGGCAUAGGACAUGAAACUAAGAACUGUAGAAGCUUGAAAAGGGCCCUAGACGGCCUAGCCUCCAAAGGACACCUCAAGAACUACUUACAGAAGAAUGCUCACGGCUUUGGAAAAAAUCAAUACAAAAAGAACAAGUCACCUGCCUCACUUACGGAGGGACAGCAAAACGAAGGGGGGUUUGUAGCCGUCAUAUCUGGAGGACCAGCCACCGGAGGACCCACCAUAAGGGGACAGAAAGAUUAUGCUCGCCGCUUGGGGCAAGUAAUGCUGUCAGCGAAGUCACCUCUGGAUCCAUUCCCGCGGAUAGAGAUAUGUGAGUCGGAUGGUGGACGAAUACCCACUCCGCAUGAUGAUCCUCUUGUGGUCGAAUUCAAGAUAUCCAACAUGAGAGUAAAACGCAUUCUAAUAGACACAGGAAGCUCGUCUGACAUAAUGAGCCUGGAAUGCCUCAAUCGCCUAGCACAUGAGCCCAAAACCAUGGAAAGUAUUCACUAUCCCAUCAUUGGUUUCGGAGGGAGCAUUAUACACCCUGUGGGCGUCAUCACUCUGCCGGUUCGAAUUGGGGAUAGGAAAAAUGGACGGAAGAUGGAGGUGGACUUCCUGAUUGUUAAGGACUUAACAACAUAUAAUGUCAUUUUGGGACGACCCACCUUGAACAAGAUUAAAGCUGUAGUCGUCACCCAUCUGAUGCUUUUGAAGUUUGUGUGCAAUGAUGGGGCAAUAGGCACCAUACAUGGAGACCAACAACAUGCUAGCGACUGUUACCUUACGACCCUCAACCCGUUGUGA